CCUGAGAGAUCACUGAACCCAAUGUCUUCAUUCUACUGAUGAGGAAAUGGAACUGAGGUGUUAGGCGGCUUUAUCUCCAUCACAUGUGUUUGGGGAGCAGUGGGUCUGAGUGAGCAUUCAGAGCAUAUCUACAUGUUCAUCAUUUCCCCAAAAUGGCUUACAAGUUACAGUGGAUUGGGAGCCUGAAGCAAUAGGAUGUGUUUGGAGCUGGAAGGUCCAAGAGUGAUGACGACUGUGCCCUGUGAAAAAGUGCCCCUUGAUAACUCCAAGCCACGGAACAGGAGGGAGGGUGGAAACACUGAUCACGGCCUGGGGCAGUCGCUGCUGCCGAAGGAAAAGGCAAAAGUGGGGAAGACUUUUUUCAAAAGAUCAUGGAGGAAACAAAUACGCAGAUUGCUUGGCCGUCAAAACUGAAGAUCGGAGCCAAAUCCAAGAAAGAUCCCCAUAUUAAGGUUUCUGGAAAGAAAGAAGAUGUUAAGGAAGCCAAGGAAAUGAUCAUGUCUGUCUUAGACACAAAAAGCAAUCGAGUCACCUUGAAGAUGGAUGUUUCACACACAGAACAUUCGCAUGUAAUCGGCAAGGGUGGCAACAAUAUCAAAAAAGUGAUGGAAGAAACAGGAUGCCACAUCCACUUUCCAGAUUCUAACAGGAAUAACCAAGCAGAAAAAAGCAACCAGGUAUCUAUAGCAGGACAACCAGCAGGAGUAGAAUCUGCCCGAGUUAGAAUUCGGGAGCUGCUUCCUUUGGUGCUGAUGUUUGAGCUACCAAUUGCUGGAAUUCUUCAACCAAUUCCCGAUCCUAAUUCCCCCUCUAUCCAGCACAUAUCACAAACGUACAACAUUUCCGUGUCAUUUAAGCAGCGUUCCCGAAUGUAUGGUGCUACUGUGAUAGUCCGAGGGUCUCAGAAUAACACUAGUGCUGUGAAGGAAGGGACUGCCAUGCUGUUGGAACAUCUUGCUGGGAGCUUGGCAUCUGCUAUUCCCGUGAGCACGCAACUGGAUAUUGCAGCUCAACAUCAUCUCUUUAUGAUGGGUCGAAAUGGAAGCAACAUCAAACAUAUCAUGCAAAGAACGGGUGCUCAGAUCCACUUUCCCGACCCCAGUAAUCCACAGAAGAAAUCCACCGUCUACCUCCAGGGCACCAUUGAGUCUGUCUGUCUUGCAAGGCAAUAUCUCAUGGGUUGUCUUCCUCUUGUGCUGAUGUUUGAUAUGAAGGAAGAAAUUGAAGUCGAUCCACAGUUCAUUGCUCAGUUGAUGGAACAGCUCGAUGUCUUCAUCAGUAUUAAACCAAAGCCAAAGCAACCGAGCAAGUCUGUGAUUGUGAAAAGUGUCGAGCGAAAUGCCUUAAAUAUGUAUGAAGCAAGGAAAUGUCUCCUCGGACUUGAAAGCAGUGGCGUUACCAUAGCAACCAGUCCGUCCCCAGCAUCGUGCCCUGCCGGCUUGGCAUGUCCCAGCCUGGAUAUCUUAGCUUCAGCAGGCCUCGGACUCACUGGACUAGGUCUUUUGGGGCCCACCACCUUAUCUUUAAACACUUCGACAACCCCAAACUCACUCUUGAAUGCCCUUAAUAGCUCGGUCAGUCCUUUGCAAAGUCCAAGUUCUGGCACCCCCAGCCCCACAUUGUGGGCACCCUCACUUGCCAAUACUUCAAGUGCCACAGGUUUUUCUGCUAUACCACACCUUAUGAUUCCAUCUACUGCCCAAGCCACGUUAACCAAUAUUUUGUUGUCUGGAGUGCCCACUUAUGGGCACACGGCUCCAUCUCCCCCUCCUGGCUUGACUCCUGUUGAUGUCCAUAUCAACAGUAUGCAGACGGAAGGCAAAAAAAUCUCUGCUUCUUUAAACGGACAUGCACAGUCUCCGAAUAUAAAAUAUGGUGCAAUAUCCACUUCAUCACUUGGAGAAAAAGUGCUGAGUGCAAAUCACGGUGAUCCAUCCAGACAGACAACUGGCUCUGAGCAGGCAUCUCCCAAAUCCAGCCCUGCGGAAGGUUGUAAUGAUGCUUUCGUUGAAGUAGGUAUGCCUCGAAGUCCUUCCCAUUCCGGGAAUGCUGGUGACUUGAAACAGAUGAUGGGUGCCUCCAAAGUUUCCUGUGCCAAGAGGCAGACAGUCGAGCUAUUGCAGGGCACGAAAAACUCACAUUUACACAGCACUGACAGGUUGCUCUCAGAUCCUGAACUGAGCGCUGCAGAAAGCCCUUUGGCUGACAAGAAGGCUCCGGGGAGUGAGCGUGCUGCGGAGAGGGCUGCAGCUGCCCAGCAAAAUUCUGAAAGAGCCCGCCUUGCCCCACGGCCAUCAUAUGUCAACAUGCAGGCAUUUGACUAUGAACAAAAGAAGCUGUUAGCAACCAAAGCUAUGUUAAAGAAACCAGUGGUGACGGAAGUCAGAACACCCACAAAUACCUGGAGUGGCCUCGGGUUUUCUAAAUCCAUGCCGGCUGAGACUAUCAAGGAGCUGAGAAGGGCCAAUCAUGUGUCCUAUAAGCCCACAAUGACAACCACUUUUGAGGGCUCAUCAAUGUCCCUCUCGAGGUCCAACAGCCGUGAGCACUUGGGAAGUGGAAGCGAAUCUGAUAACUGGAGAGACCGAAAUGGAAUAGGACCUGCGAGUCAUAGUGAAUUUGCAGCUUCUAUUGGCAGCCCCAAGCGUAAACAAAACAAAUCAAUGGAACACUAUCUCAGCAGCAGCAAUUACAUGGACUGCAUUUCCUCACUGACAGGAAGCAACGGCUGUAACCUGAACAGCUCUUUCAAAGGCUCUGACCUCCCUGAGCUCUUCAGCAAACUGGGCCUGGGCAAAUACACAGACGUCUUCCAGCAACAAGAGAUCGAUCUUCAGACAUUCCUCACUCUCACAGAUCAGGAUCUGAAGGAGCUGGGAAUUACGACUUUUGGUGCCAGGAGGAAAAUGCUGCUUGCAAUCUCAGAACUAAAUAAAAACCGAAGAAAGCUUUUUGAACCACCAAAUGCACGCACCUCUUUCCUGGAAGGCGGAGCGAGUGGAAGGCUGCCCCGUCAGUAUCACUCAGACAUUGCUAGUGUCAGUGGCCGCUGGUAGCAGUCCCUUCCAGGCACAUGCCCACCAAUGCUGUCAAGCUGGACACACAGGAGAUCUGUGAACAGCCUUCACUGCACACCGUCCUCAGCACUCUGGGUGUUUGGUAUUAGGACCAAAGCAUCUUAUUCGCACCUGAACUUUGUGCCAAAAAGGAAGAAAAGAGAGAAGAUGUUCUUAUGUCAUCAUACAGAAUGCCACAUGCAGAUUACUUUUUGUUUUUUAAUUGGACAGAAUUUGCAAUAUGAGGAUAGGGCUUUAUUUCCUGUUUUUAUUUACCUAUGUAACAUAUGCACUGAUUUUUUACUUAAAAUGAAGGAUGAAUUGACAUCUGAGAUGCCAGAAAACACAGAAGUUAUUUUGUUUGCUUGUUUUGUUUUGGUAUUUGGGGAUUUUGAAAAAAUAAUCAAAGUAGAAUUUUCUGGUACUGCUUUAAAAUAAUUAUUGAGGUCUUUCAGCACUUUACACUUUCUAAUUUCUUGUCCUGUGGAAAUUAUCUCUCUUUCUUUCGUUUUCGUGUCACCUGAUGUAGUGGUACAAAUCAGAUUUAGUCACAUUUUCCUGACUUUUAAAUUUUUAUUUGAAAUGGUACUGGAUGAUUAGUUUUUGUGCAGAAUAUUCUGUGACUUUGGGAAAUGUAAGUGACUUCACUUGGUUCAGGACCAGUUCUGUUCAUUUAUGUCAGCAUCCUAGAAACACUUAGUAAUGAACCUAGUUCACUGUAACAGGUGCAAAGAAAGACCAAAUGGACUUGGCAAUAUUAACCCUUUGCAGUCAUCAUAUUUAGCUGCUGCCUAUAUUGCUAAAAUGAUUUUAUGGUUGUCUGAAGGCAAAGGGCUAUUUUUAGUAUACUGCCACUAAAGGACACUUAUUUAUAUCAAACUUUUAUUUUUAGAUAUUAAGU